AGAGCUCUCGCUGUGCGUGCGGAAGAGGAUAAAAUACUCAUCAGCUGAUCACAUUACCGUUAUGCGAGGAAGUGUGAUUGGUGUGUGGCACAGUGGUUGGACAACACAUGUCAGCGGCGCCUCUCUAGCAAAGGGGGCUGCUGAUUGCACUUUUGGUGUGCUUUUCAUUUGGCUGGGAGAAAAUGUGGUUGUGGACUCACCAUACUUGGAUCAUCCCCCUACUGCGGCGGGGUUAUUCGCUAUGGAUUAAAGAGCUCUCGCUGUGCGUGCGGAAGAGGAUAAAAUACUCAUCAGCUGAUCACAUUACCGUUAUGCGAGGAAGUGUGAUUGGUGUGUGGCACAGUGGUUGGACAACACAUGUCAGCGGCGCCUCUCUAGCAAAGGGGGCUGCUGAUUGCACUUUU